GUGAAGCUCGUCACUGGUGUGUAUUUUACUCUGGUCCUCCAGCUCAUUAGGGUCUUGUUACCCUCGCAGACGUGGACUCGGCCUCAUUUCUGAUGAUCAUUGAUCUCUGAUAGUCUUAUCAGCCUCAUAUAAAGGCAUCCGGCUCAGUGUCUGUCGCACUGAUAGACAUUCAGCAAAAGCCUGAAGAUGAUGCCGGUGACCCAGCGUCUGCUCGUGCUGGCCGCUCUGCUGUCUCUGCUGCUGGCCUCACAGGUCCAGGCGGCACCCAUAGACACUGACUGGGCGGCUGGACUGAUCCAUCGGGCCAAGCGCUCGUUGCUAUGGCGAUGGAACACUCUGAAACCCGUGGGUUCUGGAUGCAGAGAUCAUUAUGAGUGCGGAACCAACUUCUGCAGGAAACACACCUGCUCCUUCAAUAAAGCUCAACAGGCAUGACUGAGUCCAAAUGAUUAUGGCACCAAUUCAAAUGAUUGAAAACAAAAUGGCUAAAAUUGGGCAUCCCUUGAUUUCUCAAACAUAAUGACCUACAUAAAUCUGACAGAACAUUCAAAGACAGCUGAAGACUUUAAGAUCUACACCAACCUCAAGACUGUAUUCAGCUGAAUCUCACCAAGAAAUGUCCAGGUCAUAUUAAACUCCAAAAUCAGAAGCAUUUUUGGCCUGAAAUAUGACCUGGUGUGUUUUUGACAUAUUCCCCCCUUCAGAAACCACUCAGGAACAUAUCUACAAGAACUCCAGUUUCAUCAUCGAUGUUUUAUAGUUGUACAGAUCUUGAUAACGUGUAAAAUAUUAAUGUUGCAUCUAUAGUUUCUGAUUCAGAUUCAAUGAGGCCGAGAUGUUUGAUCUGAUAAAAUACACACACGCAUGGCAAAAUAAUCUGAAGCAAAUGUAUUUCAUAAUCAGCUGCAGCUUCCAGAAGAACUUUUACUUAUUUUGUAAAUAUCAGACACACGAGAUGGUGUAACAUGCUUUUU